UUACGCGUGCUGAUUGGAAUUCUCUUAAAAUUGAAUUAUUAACUUAAAAAUGUUAAGAAACUUGGUGCGUUGGAAAACAUGCCAAUUUGCAUUAAAUAGCCCAGUAAUCUUUCGAGCUGGAGCGGUACGCAGCUUGAGUAAUCCCUUCAAACAAAAUGUAAAUGAAACGGCUGAUUUGGAGGAGCCGGCAAAUCCAAUAAAGAAGAAACUUAAUCCAUUUGCACAAGCCACUGUCCAAGAACUGCCAAACAAUACAAUAUCAGAGACCAAAGAAGAACGUGAUAAGAGACUCAAGGUACUGCAGCUGGAAGUUGAUAUUGCGCAUCAGGAGGGACGCCGAGUGCCAGCAGUGGAAUUCUUCCAGGAUCAUCACUGGACGCACGUGUUGACGCUGCCAUCAAAGUCGGCGCGCAGUAAAUACUAUGCGUUUCUGUGGCAAAUCGAAAUGAAAAAGGAAUCGAAUCAGCGGAAGAAGGAACAACGUGCUGAGGAGACGGAACGUCGUGUCGCUGAGAUUCGCAAGGAGCGGGAGGAGAACAAUCACAUCAUCUAUGGACUGGCGCACACCUCGAUGUUCCUGCGCAUCUACGACACAACCAUCAAUCACUGGCAGAACAAUCGCUUGACGCGGGCCAUGCAAUUUGCACCCAAACUGGUAUUGGACUGCUCCUACGAUGACCACAUGAAUAAUCGCGAAUCCUCCUAUGCCGCCAAGCAGUUGAUGCUUUGCUUUGCGGAGAACCGUGCAAAUGACGAACCCUUCGAUCUGCAUUACUGCAAUACCAAUUUUAAUGGCAGCUGUAUGCAGGGCCUCAAGCGUUAUAUACCCACUAUGCUCAAUCCAGAGUUUCCAAUGAAUGUGCAUAGUCAGUGUUUCACAGAGCUGUUUCCCAAGGAGCAACUCGUCUACUUGACUCCGCAUUGUCGUGAGGAUCUGGUCACAUACAAUCCGGAUGACAUUUACAUAGUUGGCGCCAUGGUGGACACUGUGAAUAAUGAGCCCUUAUCGCUGGCCAAGGCGAAGCGUUUGGGUCUACGCAUGGCACGUUUGCCAUUGGAUCGCCAUCUGCAGUGGGGCGCCGGUUCGGGCAAAUCCCUGACACUUAACCAAAUGAUCAGCAUCAUGUUGGAUCUGAAGAAAACUGGCGACUGGAAUAAAGCAUUGCAGCAUGUGCCGCGUCGAAAGGUUGCAGAUUAUGGGACACAUCCCAAUGAUCGACAGGCUCUAAACAAACGCGCCAAUAAGCUGAACGUGCGCAUCGAUCAUCUGCUGAAAUAUGAAGGCGAUCGACGAGAGACAACUGUGUUUGGCAAGCCGGAAAAGCUGCGUCAGCACAAGGAGGGCUUGGAUUUCAAAUUGGAGAGCUGGGCAACGGGCAAAAGGAAAACGAAUCGGAGCAGUUAAUUGAAUGCUUUCUUAUUAAGUUAAUUGUAAUAAAGUUAAGAUACUGUUGAAC